CUCUUUUCUUAUUUAUCAUUAUUAUUAUAUUUAAUGACAUGGUAGAAGAAGAAACUAUAACAAAACUUGCUCGUGUUCCAAAAAUGGAAGCCUCUUCUACUACUGCUACACGACGUUUGUCUACUGUAAAAUCAUCCACCACCAAAUCUUCUACUUCCACUUCUACUCGUACUAACUUAAAACCAACCCCUAGUACUGCUCGUCGUACUGUUACUCCAGCAACUCGAACAACUACACCAAAGUCUCCUCCAUCUCCUUCACCAUCAACUACCAACGGUAUUCGACGGGGUUUGAAGACUCAGGAUGCCUCCGUCAAGCCUAUUCCAUCUGCAAGUAAACGUAUGUCUACAGUAACCCCAAGUACACGUUCUACUACUACACCAAGCGCUUCAACUACUCUCAGUAGACGCUCUACAGUAACUGCUACAUCAUCGCCACGCAAUAACGGUGAAACACCAAAACCAUCUGUCAGUCGUCGAGCAACUACUUCUACCCGUACUUCACCCGCUGUCCAACCUUCAACAUCUAUUAGAAGACAAUCAACUUUAACAAACACCAUGUCUACUACUACUGGUUCCAAAAGUCCUAUUACACCUACUCCAACCAUGAGUAGGCGAAUGGGUUCACCUUCUUCUACAGGCUCAACAACCUCUACCAGCUCUACUAGAUCAUCACUUUCUGGAAAAUCAACGUUAUCCUCUACCUCUGCAAACAUAAAAGCCUCCAGCAAUGAUAAUGUUGAUGAAGAUAAUGAUUCUCAAUCUGAAAUAGAAAAUAAAAUCAACUUGUUUAAAGAUCAGCUCAAAGAGAUGGAACAACAGAUCAUCAAAGACGAAGAAACAAUUUUACAUAAACAGCAAGAAAUGGAUGAUCUACACAAGGCAUUGGAUGAAGCACAAAGUCAACAAGAAGAACAACUAUUGGAAGCUAUACUGGAAAUGACAGAACAUCUCAAGAAAAAGGAAAUAACGCGUGAUGAAGUAGUGGAGAAAUUGGAUGAACUAUCGGCACAAAUGGAAGAACAACGCAAUUUAGCUCAACUUGUAGAAGAAUGCGAAAUAACCGGCAGAGAAGCAAUGGAAUCUUUACGGGAAGAACUACAGAAUGAUCAUGAUCAGUUGACAGCUAUUCUUUUGGAAAAAGAUAAGGAAUGGCUGGCGUUACAACAAUCUUCUGGCGCUUUACGGGAAGAAGUUCAGAACAUGCAUAAAUCACAUCAAACUCGAAUGACAAGUUUAUCAAACCAAUUGCAACAAAAACUUACUGAAAAAGUGACAGCACUUUCUUUACAAUGGGACAAAGAAUUGGAGGAAACAAGGAAUGAUCCUACCGUAUUAGCAAAUGUGGAUACCAAAAGAAAAGAAAUGGUUGGAUUGGAACAAACUAUUCAGAAAUUGGAAGAAAAUCUAUUGCAUCUAGAUCAAAAAUUGAAUGAGGACUUGGAAAACUUCAAAUUGGACGCUGAAAACCAACGAACAACGGCACUCACUAGUCAUCAAAGUAUGCUGGAUCAGAUCUCAUUGGAAAUCAAAAAUCAAAUGUCACAACUUGAUGAUGAACAUGCUCAGCGUAUCCAGUCACUGAAGACACAACAUCAAGCAGAAAUUGCUCAAAUUAAAACAUCGACGGCUAAGAUUGACAAGCAUGAACAAAUGAAACUGGAUAUUCAGACCGAAUUGGAAAAAGAAAACGAAGUACAGUUACAGGCCAUUCGCCAGCAGCACCGAGACCAACUGGAUCAAUUACAACUCAAGUUGAAUGACGCUUUGCACGAAUUUGAAGCAUUGAAAUCAAAGACUUCUCAGGAACAUGACUCUGCAAAAGAACGUAUGGAUCAAGAACGCCUGGAUGAAACAGCAUCCAUUAUUACACAAUUGGAAAGUGAAUAUACUGAAAAACUGAAGUCUCAAUCUACACAAUAUCAAACGGCAUUGGACGGUCAUCAAAACGAUCUGCGUAAGAGAAACCAGGACCAUAUUGAAACUCUUGAAAGCACCUUCAGUCAAGAAUAUCAAACUCUAGUGAACAAUCAUAACAACAAGCUCCAUGAAAUGCAAUCAACAACAGCAGCAGCUACUCGUGCAGCAGUAGAACGUGAAAUCCGUGCUGAUUUUGAAAUCAAGAUGGAAGAACUUGCUGCUGGACAUCGACAAGCUAUGGAAGACCUUCAAGCACAACAUCACUUAGCACUCAAGGCAAUGGAGGAAGCAGUUGAAAAAGUGAGAGCGGAUAGUCAAUUGAAAUCAACGUCAAUACCUUCUGAAGGACAGGUUUUGAAAGAUACUGUCAAGUCACCAAGCGACAAUAUUGAAUCUAUUCGGGCUCAAGUACAGGCUUCUUUGAAAGAGACUCAUUCGAAAGCAAUCUCCAAUAUGAAUAGACUUCAUGAAUCAAGGCUUAACGAAAUGAAACGGGAUCAUAUCUUGCAAAAGGAUCGGGCAUUGGAAAAGCUCACCAAGGAAUUUGAAGUACAUUUUUCGACAAUCAAGAAAGAAAAUGCUGAAGAGAUUAGCCUUUUACAACAAACACAUGAUGAUCAAAUCAAACAACUUUUGGUAGUAACAGAGGAUACAAUUACUACACAGCGGCAACCUUUGAUAAAUCAGCAUCAGACAAAACGAACUGAACUACAAAACGAGUAUGACUUGCGUAUUAAAUCCAUAAAUACGGAAAUCGACCUACUUGCGGAAAAACGAAACGAAUUGCUCUUACACCAACAACAGAUUCAGAAAGAACUGGAUACAUUCAAGGAAUCAAGUGCCAAAGAACUACAGGAGAUGCAAUCCCAUCUGGAUGAAGCUGAAUUGGAAAUCGGUGCAGAACUGGAAAGAGCUCAUAAUGCAAAGAUGGAAUCCCUUGGUUUGUCCCAUCAAGCAGCCAUAGACACCCAACAAAAAGAUCAUCAGCUUCAGUUGCAACAAAUUGAAAUGCAGAGUGAAUCAAGAUUGGACAAUUUGCCUCCUGGAAUCAAGGAAUCAUUGAUAGCAGAUUAUGAAACACAAAUACAGCAAUUUGUUAAGGAACAAGAAGGAAAGGUGGCAAUAUUACAAGAAUCGAUUAGUAAUUUGAAGCAAGAACAUGAAAAGAUUAAAACGGAUCAACAAACCCAACUGGAUUUAUCAGAAAAUGAAUGGAAAGCACGAUUGCAAGAUGCGACCAAGUCUGCAGAACUCCUCUCUGGAACAACAUUGCUUGAUGAACCCAUUCGUACCCAGAUGCACGCUGAAGCAAAACAGUCCCGAGAAACGUUAUUGGCAAAUCAAGAAACUAGUGUGAAGAAUCUUAUCUCUUCGCAUGAACUCGAAAUAGAUCGCUUAUCAAAAGAACAUGAACAAAUCGUGACCGAAUUUGAAACCAAGCUUGAAUCAUUAGUACAACAAAACGUUUCAUGGACUCAACGUAUCAAGCUUAAGGAAGAAGAACACAAUAAUCAAGUCAAGAAAUUAAACGAUGCACAUACCGACUCUGUUUCAACAUUCAAUAUUCAGAGACAAACGAAGGAAAAAGAAAUCAAUGAAAGAAUCCAAUCACAACGUACAAAGUUGGAAAAAUUGGAAGAAAAGUUGAUCACCUUACAAAUGGAAUAUGAUACAAAAGUAGCAUAUAAAGAUAAACUUGAAAAGCAAUUACAUCAGCAAUCAACAACGAAUUCACCCAUCAGUAACCUACACAACGAAACUUCAUCAUCAUCAUCAUCAUCAUCGUUGGAACAGCAUAAGAAGCAAUUGAAUGAAAUGGACAAGGAAAUUAAACAAUUGGAAGAUCAAUACUGCGCAGUGAUUGAAGAACGAAAAAUGCAAGAAAAGGAAGAGAUGAAAAAGAAUGAGGAAAUCAUUCAUGGAUUGGUAGUCAAACAUCAAGAAGAAAUAGAAAAAAUGCAUCGGCAUUUCCAACAUUUAUUAGAUGUCAAAGAUGAUGAAAUGAAUAAUGUAUCCUAUCGAUUGAAAACAGUGACUUCGGCUCGACAAAAGGAUAUUGAUCAACUUCAGACGAAACAACGUGGAAAGGUUCAUUCUUUGGAAGAAUAUGCAAGAAGAUUGAAGGAAUCAUUGGAAAAAAGUACAGCACAAUAUGAUUAUGUGGAAAAUAAACAUCAAGCAUUACAGGCUGAAUUCUCACAAGGAACAAAUACAUUGGGUCAAAUCAUGAAAGAUCAUCAAGAUAUGCAACAACAAUUGGAUCAUUAUAAAACUGAAAACAGUCAAUUGUUAAGGACAAUAUACCAAUUACAAUCUGAAAUGCACAAAGUUCGAUUAGGAUAGUCAUUGUAUAUCAUCUUUUAUUAUUAUUAUUAUUAUUAUUAUAUGUAUUAGUAUAAUAAACCUUCUUUGAUCAUUGA